AUGCGAGGUCAGCCAGUAGCAGUAUCUCUGAUCUUGUCCGAAGUACGAAACAAAGUGAUGUUAUCCAGAUCACACCACAAGGGUGCCUCAAAAGGUUACUUGGUCAAGACCGCUCUAGCGUGUGCACCGAACUCCUCCUGGAUUGCCACACUAUGUCAACUAACCCGCACCCAACCUCGACAUACCGUUAUAUUCCCUUUCAUCGCCGACUCUUUGACGCCAUUGAUCAUACCUGCUCAUGCGCUCUUGAAAUCAUCAUCACCGUCCUCCGUCCCAUCCUGCAAAAACACCCCAACCUGACACCUCAAGACGUCCUCCUUACAGUCUUCCUCACAUUCAUAUCCCUCUGUCUCCUCAUCACCUCGUUCGCUGAUGGAUGGUAUUGGAUCGGCAAUGCUGUCGAUCUAGGAUUGUUGGGAUGGGCGGCAUGGGAAGGGUUGAGAGGUUCGAACGAACGAUACGAAGAGGAAGAUGGAUGGAAGAGGCGCGUAGAAUUCGUCUUUGAGUACACGACCCUGAAUAUCGUCUUCUCCUUAUUUGAUGACCUCGUAACUCUGGAUUUAGGGAUAUGGAUCUGGGUGGGAAGGACGAUCAAGAUUGUCUGGUUGCUCUACCGGUGGAUGGGUGAAGGGCAUAAACUCGCGGGUGGUAAGGCACCAACCGGCCCAAAGACCGAAGGAAAGCGGAAUACAGGAUUUGAAGAUGAAGAAAUCGGACCGAAUACGGUAAUGGUCAAGGCGAGGAGGAUGGUACAUCAAGCUAGUCAGACCGAGCCCGUGUAUAUCCAUACUCUUCUUGGCCCCGACCUCAACGACAACCCCAGCCCGACAGCAUCGUCACAGGAUACAUCCAAAACAAGAGACCUUCUUCCAUCGCCACAGCUUCUGCACCUGGAGGAAGGGCCGGAUUCUUUAUGCACCCCCGAAAGGGAGACGUGUGAUUCUUCAGGCUCUUCAGACGGCUCCGGUUCGGAGAGUCCGAGUCUCAGUGCUGAUUCGGAGGGUACUUGGAACGCCGAACGAGCGGGUAAGGCCGCAGAGUUGGAAGAAAAGAGCGCAGGACCAGAUUCCCCGCAGGUUGCACGCGACCAGUGCGAUCAUGCGGACGAGAGUGUGAAGGAGAGGCAGGACGGGCAGAGUGUCAAGGUCAAUACUGCCAGCGCGACGAGUCUCGAACAGGAGGAGAGAGAGGUGGAGCCUAUGGGAAUCAUCGAUGAGACAGACGAGCAGUCCGCAGUCGGGUCACAAUCACGUCCGAGCCUUGAGCUGGAGGAAAUUGCGCCGAUAAGGUAUCAGAAGAAUCUCGAAGACCGCGACGAGAUGCAAAGGAAGUCCAAACUACCAGCCAAACAGCCUCAAGAGCCCUUUGUGCCCAUUAUACCUUCUAGCACACCUGAGCAGACUGCUCCCGACGAGGGCCAAAACAUGGCCUCUGAAACCGUGCAUCCAGUGAUCCUCGCUCCGCUAGCCCCUCUCCGGCUCUCCCGCCGCAAAUCAAACGGCAAGUCCAAUCCCACCAUACAACGCGGCACUCGCAUCGCAGAGGGGAAAGAGCCCGCAGAGGAGACGACGUACAAGGCUUUACAGAGGUUCCGAUCAGGUUUAGCCGACCUAGAUCCGACCUUUACUUUCGAUCGACGCCGACAGGCGGACGGCAAUGGACGUGCCACCACGGGGCACAGAAGGGCCCGGACCAUCGAUGUAAGGAUGAGCACGACGGCAAGGUUGGACGAACUGUUAGGGUUCGAGGACGAGUUCGGGGCCAAAACGUAAAGGAUGCGUGCGAUUGCGUGCAUUGUCAGUUGACACCUAUGUACUGACGACAUGAUCUUA